ACUCUGACAUCCUUCUCGACUCAUCGCUUCGCUUCUCUUGUUUUCUCUUCGCUCCACACACACACUCACUAACACUCACACUCUACAGUACACCUUGUCCAUCUCCAAGAGAUGGUAAGAGCUCCUUGUUGUUCAAAAGUUGGAUUGCACAGAGGUCCAUGGACUCCCCGAGAAGAUGCAUUACUCACCCAAUAUAUUCAAUCCCAUGGCGAAGGCCAAUGGAGAUCACUCCCUAAAAGAGCUGGCCUUCUUAGAUGCGGGAAGAGUUGCAGGUUGAGAUGGAUGAACUAUCUGAGACCAGAUAUCAAGAGAGGCAACAUAACACCCGAGGAAGACGAUCUCAUCAUUAGAAUGCAUUCACUCUUAGGGAACAGGUGGUCCCUCAUCGCUGGAAGGUUACCGGGAAGAACCGACAAUGAAAUAAAAAAUUACUGGAAUACCCACCUCAGCAAGAAGGUCCUCAGGAGUCAACCCAAGAAGAAGAAGCAGAAGAAGAAAGACGCACAAGCAGAGGGAGAGGCAGAAACAGAGAAGAACAACAAGACCGUUGUUUAUUUACCCAAACCAAUUCGAGUUACCGCUAUUCCAAGAACCAAAAGUACCCUAACCUUGGAAUCCAAUUCAGGAAGCGCAUCAACGAGCCACGAGAAACAAGAAGUUGCGCAAGAGGUAAAUAAUAUUGAUGACGUCAUGAUUUGCGGUAACGUCGAAGAAGAUGAGGAGCUUGGACUGUUUCUCGGUGGUGAUGGUGAAGAUCAAUACCAUAUUGACCAAGUAGUCAACGGAUCUGAUGACGUGGAAUGCGGGUCCCCUUACUUUAUCGGGGAUUGUGAAUCCCUUGAGAAGUUAUAUGAAGAAUACCUUCAGUUGUUGAACACGGAUGACGCCAAUCCUGACCAAUUCGAUUCUGUUAAAAAUUUUCUACUGUAAAACUGUAAAAAUACCCCAUGUAUGUAAAAA